CAACCCUGGAUCACCAACGAUCAGCUGACGCCAUAAACACAACCUCCCACAGAUCAAGAGGUGUCGUGUUCCUGUAUUAUUUCUUAAAGAAGCCCAGUUACACAGGAAUGAAAUUAGUCGUAGGGAAUUAUAUGAGUAAUUUGCAUUAAGGGAGAAGCAGAAGGCAGUUGUAUGACAAUUAGUAAGGUCUCGACUUGAAGUUAAAGGUGACACAAGUGCAGUUGUUCUGUUAUCGGAAGGGAAAACAACUCACGCAAAUUGCACCUAUUAUAAAGAACUAUGGAGUCUGUACCCAGCAUUAUAGUGCUCUCCACACAUGCCAAGGAGGCCACUCAUGUGGUUAAAGGUAUUCUGGAGGUGGAAUGUGUUCCAGAGCCAAGCUUCAUUACAAAUUUGGUCAAGUGCUGGCAGUGGGAGAUUGAGAACAAAUACUACAAUGCAUCUGUACAAAUAGCAGCCGUGUCAUGCCCAGAGCAGUGUUUGUCGUGGAUCCUUAAGCAUGGUGAAGCUCUGUUAGUGUAUUGUGAUUCCACACAGAAAGAUGUCUUGGACAGUUUAAAUGGCUUAGUAGAAAGUAUUGGAGAAUUUGAGCCUGAUGUGCAGCUGCUGGUGUGUGAUGCUUGUACCUCUGAGGAAAGUAAUGAAGGUCUCUCAAGAAUAAAGGCACAACAAUGGUGUAUUAGUAAUGGGUGGGAACUCAUAGAACUAAAUCCCAUUACAACUAGUGAGCCAAAUAACUCUGAUGAAGAUGAUUUUCCUGAAAGCUGGGGCUUCAAACGCAUUCAUCAAGCCUUGAAUGCUAAUACGUGGUCCAACCUGAAAAUGAGAGAUUGGCAAGGAAGCAAGCUGAAUGCAGUGCUACAAUCUGUUGCUACAAUGGAUGACAAGAAGAGUGAGUGUAUGCAUGAGACAGAUGAAAUAAUGUAUUCCAGACUGGCCAACUUGACACUGAAUGCUGGGAUGAGUGAAUCCUCCAUCACCACAAGCCACUUGCAGAACAAUGAUGGGCAAAAUAAUGAGUUAGAUGAAAUAGUGGUUCCAAGUCAGCUAGCAGAGUGUCGUGAUGGAAAUGAAGAUUUUGAAAACUUGUUCUCAAAUUUUGAACACCUCAAAAGAACUGCAGCCACACUUCCUCUUGAACAGCGAAGAGAUUAUGCUGAAAAGGUAGCGGUUGCAUUUUGGAGAGCAAUGGGAGGAGAUGAAGAUGAGGUCAUUUGUUCUGAUUCAGAUUAAAGUUGUACUAGUAAUUACUCCAGCAAUUUUAUGCAUGUGGAUUAUUGUAGAUUAAAAAUUAUAUAAUGUUCUGUAAGCUUUACCUGUUGACAAAAUUUAUUACAGUACUUAUUAUAUAUUAUGCAUGCUUAAUAUAAUGCUUUAUAACCACAUGUAAUAUUGUUGAUGAUCAAUAAAUGUGAUAACUGUACCUAGUAAACAUUA